GAGGAUGUUGACGAUGAUGGAGUUGCUGAUGACAAAGUUCGCUUCAGUGUCAAGGACGAGGAAGUUUAUCGGGUUUUGGAGAUCCUCACCAAAGAAACAAGUUGUCCUAGAAAAACAGCUAAAACAACAUGGAAAUGGGUCGGGCUACGCUAUAUGAUCGACGACGAUUUUAUCAUGGAGUUUAGCAAGUUGAAACCCAAAUUCAAGGAUGCCUAUGUGGAAUCGAUCAUAAGGUACAACAUUCUGAUUGUACCAUUUUGGGAUGUAGUCACAAAUAAGAUGAAAAGGCCCUUUAAAAGAGUCAAGUUGGUGAAGAGGAAACUACUACGACGUCAACCACUCGAAGUUGGAGGGUACUUCUUGGAUACGGAUUCCUCCAUAAGAAAUGGCUACAUAUACGUAGGACUAGUGUUGAGGAACCAUAUUGGAAGAGUGUUGUGGACUCACACGGUAAUCGAACACAACCCAACUAGGGAUAUGAUAAUCCAUCCACAAGUGGCAGAGCAAAAUGGGAUCUUCCUUGCAUGCAGGGCAUUGAAAGAAGAGAAGCCAAAUUUGGUUAAAAAUAUAAGUGAG